GAAAUGACUUAUCGAGGCUUUGGUUACGUGGUGGAUUCCUGUCCUACCAAUGAGACAGAGUUUAUCUCAGCUGCUACCAGACUGAACUGUGGAGUGGACCAGUAUGGACGUAAUCAGUACACGUGCGUCCCCAAUAAGGACACAUCAGCUCUUGUAGAAUUCUGCUAUAGCAAAAUCGUCGGGUUUUAUCAAAAGGGACAUUGCUUGCUGACUAUUGGAAACGGAGCCUUAGAUCAAAUCAGUUGUCAUCACUUUAAAAGCGGUUGUCCAGAAGAAAAUUUCCGAGGAACUGACCUAUACAAAUUUUCAGCUUGUAGUAGAAUCAACACAGAAAAGCAGUGUUUUAAAGCUGAUCCAUCAUGUCAAAACACGUUGAACACAAAGACCAGUUUUGAAGAUCAAGAAUCAGGAGAUGUUGGGACAAUCAUUGGAAUUAUCCUUUGUGUACUACUUCUACUGUCCUUUAGUUUUUGCCCUUAUAUUCUGGAAAAGGAGGAAAAGAAGGAAAUCAAGAAGAUACCAAAAAAUUCCAUUGAUCAUAAGAUCCAAUUCGAAAGAUAA